GGUUUACAACGGCAUUUGUUGAGAACAAUUUCGUUAAUAUGUAUAGAGAACAAACAAAUCAUUGAAAGUUUUUGAUGGUAGUCUGAGAGUCACACUGGAUGUUCCCCGGCCUGCAAGUAGUAGUGUUAGAGUAAGUGCAAGAUAAGAAGAGUUAUUUCUUCUUUCUUAUUAUAUACUAGUUCAUAGACCUUUAAACACACACACAAUACGUUUAGAGUGCUUCUACUAGUAGAAACACAAGUGGAUCAUCGUCAUCCCCUUAUACACCAAGUGCUUCCGCAAGGUCGACCACGACACACCCGACUGCAUCAUCAUUAUCCGGCUAUAGUUAUAAUGGUAGUGAUCGACUACAAAAGCCAGAUGCUUCAUCCCGUGGCAACAGCAUGUCCUCUUCUUCCAGAAACAAGCAAGUCAAUCGCAAACCUGAAACGGAUGAUCCUCGUCGAAAACAAAUUGUAAUGGCCUGCUUUCAAGAGAUGCAGGAGGAGCGCAAAAGGAUCGCUGCUCACCAAGGCAUAGAACAACCGGCAACCACGAUUUUCUCAGAUACCGAUCUCAAGAUCUUUGUUUGUAUCUCUUUUCUUUUUUUUCCUCUUCCUCUCUAGCCACAUAUAUCAAUGACCAAUAUUCUUCCAAUGUUCUAGGCCGAAAGAUUACCAACAAAGAUCACGGACUUCAUGAACGUAAGAAGCAUGACCGAAGAAAAGUAUGACCGAUAUGGAAGCAAAUUCAGACAAAUUGUUGCAAAGUAUGCGAGACAGUAUGAGGCUCUGGCUGGCACUACUACGGACACAACAAACUGAACCCGACCAGCAUUGUAAAUAAUAUACACCUCUUUGUAUAAUACAUCCCUAUGUUCCUACUACCUUCUCCAACUACCUGUAAUGCCUUAAUAACUUUUCUUUGAUAUUCAACAUGUCAUGUGUACAUAUAGCAUACGUUAUUUUUCGUAUGGAAAUAAAUAAUUAAUGAAGCAUCAAUCACACAGA